CCAUGUGGAUAUAUAUGAGCAUCAAAACCUCCCAAAAAAAAAAAAAGAAAGAGACAAAAGACCAACUCAAACUCGCAAACCCCCUCUCCCUGUCAUCAUAAUGUUUCUUUGGUAUUCUUGCCAACACCAUCUUUCAUAUAAUUUGAUGAUUACCACUUUCUUGCUUCUGAUUUAUAUCCCAUAUUCACUUCCGCUAGAUUUCGAUUACCCAGUUCUAGAUCAAGAUAAAGGUACCUUAAUAAUAGAAGGAAACACAACACACUUGGGUUCAGAAAUAGAACUGACCAAAUUAAACAAAACAGACCAGAUUGGGCAUGUCAAGUAUUUUGAAGACUUUCAACUUUGGGACAGUGUCUCUGGAAGAGCAGCGGAUUUCACUACCAGUUUCUCCUUCAUCAUCUAUUCGCCAACGGACGGUCCACAUGGAGAUGGGUUGGUGUUCUUCCUCGCACAGCCACCGUUUGGAGUUCCAAAUAGUACGGAUGGCAGUCAUCUUGGGAUGAUCAAUAUCCAGGAUAACCGUUUCUCAUCGGCACAGAAAUUCGUUGCUGUGGAGUUUGAUACUUUGGCAAAUAAGGAUUUGGACCCCGAAAACGUUACCCAACAUGUAGGCAUCGACGUCAACUCCUUGGUUUCAAACGUCACUACAUCUUGGUAUUGUGAUAUCACAACCUGGAAGGUAUACAAUGCUACUGUAAGUUACACUUCUAAAAUGAAAAAUCUUAGUGUUUCCUUCACCGGAUACAAAGAGGAUGUUCCAUUUCUGCAGAACCUUUCCUGUGAAAUCAAUUUAACCGAAUAUUUAUCAGAGAAUGUUACUUUUGGCUUCUCAGCUGCAAAUGGAUUAUUCACUUCCAGACACAUUCUUCGCUCAUGGUCUUUCCAUUCCAGUGACUUUACAAGCACGAAUUCUAAGACAACAGGAUUAGUCAUUGGGCUGAGCGUAGGUGUUUGUGUUUUUAUUGGAGCUUUAGGUUUGAUUUCUUUUGGUGUAUGGAAGUGGAAGAAGAAGAAGAAAAAGAGUACUAGAGAUCGGGAAGAAGAAGAAGAAGAUGAUGAUGAAAUGGGAAUUGAUCUGUUAAUGGACAAUGAUUUCGAGAGAAGUAGUGGAGCUAAAAGGUUUUCCUACGAUGAUUUAGUCGCUGCAACAAACAACUUUUCAGAGGAAGUGAAACUUGGACAAGGAGGCUUUGGUUGGGUUUACAGAGGUUUUCUACAAAACUUGAAUUCAAAUGUAGCUAUAAAGAAGAUAUCCACCAAAUCUGAUCAGGGGAUAAAGGAAUAUGCAUCCGAGGUGAAGAUCAUCACCCAACUUAGGCACAGAAAUUUAGUGCAACUCAUCGGUUGGUGCCACAGAAAGAAAGAUCUACUCCUCAUCUACGAGUUCAUGUCAAAUGGGAGCUUAGAUUUCCAUCUUUUCGGAGGUAAAAGCUCAUUGACUUGGCCAGCAAGGUACAACAUAGCUCAAGGCUUGGCUUCAGGAUUGCUCUACCUUCACGAAGAGUGGGAACAGUGUGUGCUGCAUAGGGAUAUUAAAUCGAGUAAUGUGAUGUUGGAUUCGAAUUUCAAUGCUAAGCUUGGUGAUUUUGGGUUAGCUAGGCUGGUGGACCAUGAAAAAGGGUCACAUACCACAAUGGUGGCUGGCACUUUGGGCUAUUUGGCCCCUGAAUGUUUCACCACCAUUAGGGCUAGCAGGGAGUCCGAUGUCUACAGCUUUGGUGUUGUAAUAUUGGAGAUAGCUUGUGGAAGAAAACCCAUUGAUCCUAAGGUCGGAGAUGGCGAUCAUCAAAACGGAUUGGUGGAGUGGGUGUGGAAGCUCUAUGGAAUGGAAAAGGUUUUGGAAGCGGCUGAUCCUAGACUUUGUGGGGAAUUUGAUGACCAGCAGAUGGAAAGAUUGUUGAUUGUUGGGCUUUGGUGUGCUCGCCCGGAUUACAAUCUGCGACCGUCGAUUAAGCAAGCGAUUCGUGUACUUGAAUUUGAAGCUCCAUUACCUGCUUUGCCAUUAGAGAUGCCAUUGCCUACUUACUUGCCUCCUUCGCUUCCAAGGUCGUUUGGCAGCACUUCUGCUUCUGAGAAUGCCCAAACCCAGUCGUCAACCAUUACUAGUCACUAUACCAGUUCCUCACAAUCCACUUCAUCGAUUAGCCACUAGCCAGCCAAGUUGAUGUCUAAGUGUGGAAUUUGAUGCUUUUUGAUUCCAAAUAGUUUAGCUUGUACUGAUCUUCAAACUAUUUUCUGUUCGUAAAAUUUGUUAUUAUCCUUUCGAUGCUA